CUUUGCACGAGUGUACUCAAAACCCUGGUGGUAAAUUUUGGUUUUAUCAUCGCGGCUUUGCUGGUGGGGAUAUGUCUGCGGCGAUCCAACUCGUGGAGGACGUGGAGGACGACCAGGAGAAGACGGUAUCAACGCUUGACCCUCGACAGCUUGGUCAGGCUGCGAGCACUGAGAUAAUGGGCUGGCUGCGUAUGAACCUGUUGCAGAUGGCAAGCGCAGCGUUGGCGGUUGGAUCGGAGUCGGCGUUGCUGGUUGUGUUGGAGGGGAAGACUCGACUAACGUCAACAACGACGCUUCAUUAUCCUCUAGUGUGUAAUGGGGACUUGUUGAACGGGUUCGCGGACGGGAUGUAGGCGAGUAUCGAGCUCUACGCGCUCUGGACGACGAGGGUGAGCGACUCAUCAGCAACUAAAGGAGUUUCUAACAAUGAUCUCCCGACCGCCACUCGCUGAAGUGUCUUAAUACGGCUACGUUGGCAAUUACAACUAUCUAAUAAUAGACUUGCGAAUUGGUUGCUUCCCGAUGAAUCCCUGA